AACGACGCUCCAUUCGCUUUCGUUUUCUGUCUAACGGUUAUUUACAUUUACGGCGAGAGCUUCCUUCCUACUCUUACAAACUUAGACGCCAUGGCAGCCCUCUCCAUCUCUGCAGCUGUGUCUGCCCGCUCCCUCUCCCUCCCCACCUCAAACCUGACUACAUCCACCCGCGCCGCCACUCUUCCCCCGUUUUCCGGGCUCAGGUCCGCCAAGACGACCCCGGCAGCUAAGUACGCUGCUGCGCACCGCCCGUCGUGCGCCUGCGCCUCCUGCAGACAGCAUGGCGUCGUCAUGGCGAGCGCCGAUAUUACUGGCCUCUCCCAACCCGCCGCCGUUGCCGGCGGCGCCACCUACUACGUCGUCAACAUCACCUUCCCGAGCCCGGGCCCCGCCGCUGCUCCCGCCGCCGCCUCCGCCGUCGCGACUCCCGCAACAGCCGCCGCAUCUCCCGUCGUGGACACCACCGCGGCGGUGGCGGACGCCGCGAGCGGAAACGGCUCCGCCGUGCAGCGCGUGAAGCAGGCGGCGCUGCCGGCGUUGGCGACGAUGGCGGAGUUUUUCCCCAGCUCGCGGCAAGAGGACGACUUCAUGCACGCCGUGGCGCUCGAACUCAACAAGCUCGGCUUCCGCAAGGACAACGGCAUCGCGCUGGUGAACACGUGCCGGGACGAGGUGUGCCGGCCGAUCGUGAACCUGAUCGACAAGGAGUUCGGGCUGUCGUUCAACGUAUCUGGACUGGGCGGGCUGGUGAACUGCGGCAAGACGGGCUUCAAGGCCGCCAUGAGCCACUCGCCCGAGUUCCUCUGCGACGUCGACGGCACCAUCAAGGAACGAUACAUCUUCUUCGCGUUCCCCCACGUGUCCGUCGGCGAGUCCGGCGAGGUGGGCUCGCUCCUGCGCCGCGGCCGCGGAAAGCCGUCGAGCGCAUGCGGUGCUCUGAUCGCAAUCAAGAACGACAUUAACGCGGACAACGGCGUGACUCCGGACGCGGACGACGCGGAGUACGUGCUGCUGAAGAGCAAGGUGAUGGAGAAGGUGCAGCGCAAGAAGGAGGGCGAGCUGCUCUCGCUCGUGCAGGUUACCAAGGCCGCGCUCGAGGCUAUUACCGACGACCUGGAGAAGCUCAUCUCCCUUACUGUCGACCCUGCUACUGCGGAUUACGCCGUCAUCACCGGCGUGCAGAUCCACUCCGGGAAUCAGAUCCAAGGCGAGCCCUUCCGCACGGAGCGCACGUGCGACUACAUCGCGCCGCACAAGAUGUAUGCCGUGGUGCGCGGCAAGCGGUACGACCUGCAGCUCGACUCGUCCGCCGAGACGCCCGAGGUGGCCGCCUCCGUGAACUAGGUCGCCCACCGUCCACCUCAAUUGCCCAUCGUCCAUGGGUACUACUAUCUACAACACGGUAUCUUCCGUGCUGGUAGCUGCCCUUACGGGGAGUAUUUUUGCAUUUUUGCCGUUAGGUACAUGGAUGGUUGUAUGUUUCAUAUAGCGGAAUAAAAGCCUCCAACAAUG